AUCUUCUAAAGGGAUUUGGAAUCAUUGAUUAAUAGGUAGCACAUAUUUCUUUCUAGCAUCGCAAAAGGUUUGAUCUGAGAAUCAAUAAAAUUCAACAUGUGGAAAUCUAUUUUGCUGAUAUGUGUUUUAUGUCCACUUAUUGUAAGCUCUCAUUCUUGUGACGGUUGCGAUGAUUAUAAAGAAGUUGACGUAAGUGACGAAAAUGUAAAAAAGAUAGCAAAUGAGUUAUUUCAAGCUUUCUCAGAUCAUUUUUAUGGUGCUUAUCGCUGGAAAAUUGACAGUAUUACCAAAGCUGAAGAAGCAAAGUGCUCCAAUGAAGAAUGUGGAAAAGCAUCAUCUUAUCGUAUACAAGUAGUUGCUAUUAUUACCAACUGUUUGAAAAAAGAAGUCAGUUACAAAGACGCUGAUGACUGUGAGCAGAAAGAAGGCACUGCUAAUUAUUACUGCAAACUUACCCAGACAAGAAAUAAAGACGGUCACGAGAUUUACAACGGUGCAAGUUGUUCAAGAAAAGACAUAGAUUAGUGCAUGUAAGAGUUUAAUAAAAAAAAUAUUUGGUGCGAAUAAAGUAAAGUUAUUUAUGUAUUAUUAUUAAAA